UCCUUUUGCUGCAGCGCCGCCGUUUUGUCAUCCAACGUUUAUAGUAUAGAACCACAAGAAUGAGGUUUUUCAAGAAACACAGCUACCACUACAGCUCACACGUCCAGGGACUGUAACGCCGGGUAAAUCGGUCAUAUAGUUGAAACAGGACGCAGCUGAAGCGCUCCAGCAUUUUGAGGAUGGCUCUGUCCGGCUCGGAAACGAUGAACCAGGAUGAGCACGAAGAGUCUUUCAUUCUUCGAGCUCUCAAGAUAGCAUGUGUGGUGGCACUUUACUGGUUUGUUUCAAUAACAAUGGUUUUCCUCAAUAACUACCUGCUGGACAACCGAGAGUUGGAUGCGCCGCUGUUUGUCACGUUCUACCAGUGUGUGGUGACCGUGGGUCUGUGCUGGCUCAUGCAGCUUUUCGCCACUCUGUGUCCCGGACUCGUCGACUUCCCGUCGGUCAGAUUCGACGUGAAAACGUCGCGUGAAGUCCUGCCGCUGUCCAUUGUCUUCAUCGGAAUGAUCACCUUCAACAACUUGUGCUUAAAAUACGUCGGAGUGGCUUUUUACACAAUCGGACGAUCCCUGAGCACCGUUUUUAACGUGCUGUUAUCAUUUAUUAUCCUGAAGCAAACCACGUCUUUUCAAGCUCUAAUCUGCUGUGGGAUCAUUCUUGGUGGAUUCUGGCUGGGUGUGGACCAGGAAGGCCUGGCUGGGUCCCUGUCUUGGUCAGGUGUGUUUUUUGGGGUGCUGGCGAGUGUCUUUGUGUCUCUCAAUGCCAUUUACACCAAGAAGGUGAUGCCUGCUGUCAAUGGAAGCAUCUGGAAACUGUCCUUUUACAACAACAUCAAUGCGUGUGUCCUCUUCCUUCCUCUCAUCCUUGUGUUUGGGGAAGUGGGAAAAGUGGCCAGCUUUAGUGGACUGACCAAUCUCCGCUUUUGGGGGAUGAUGACGCUAGGAGGAGUGUUUGGUUUUGCCAUUGGCUACGUCACAGGCCUCCAGAUCAAAUUUACCAGCCCUCUCACUCAUAACGUCUCAGGAACAGCAAAGGCUUGUGCACAGACUGUUAUAGCAGUGGUGUAUAACUCAUCCAGUAAGAGCUUGCUUUGGUGGACCAGUAACAUGUUGGUUCUUGGCGGCUCUUCAGCUUACACCUGGGUCAAAAGUAGAGAAAUGCAGAAAUCUACACACAGAGCGCCUCAGGACUCUGCUAAGGAAAAACUGCUUUCUGAGGAGAAGGAGAAACCUGGAGUGUAAACACACUUGAUUAGUGCAAGUAAAUUAUGAAUGUGAAAUGCUCUUGAAUAUGGAAUGAUUGGAAAUUAAAUGAAUAUAACAGUCCGUUUAAGGGACUAGUUUUCUGUCAGCUUUUUAUUACGGUUUUGUACUCAGAUUAUUUUUUUUUAUAGUUUAGUACACAAAGGGAAGAGAAACAAACUCUGUUUGAGGGUGAUUAUAAUAAUAAGAUUUGUGGUAUCGCUGAGACAUUUUUUACACAUUAGGGAACUUUUCUACAACUCAAGUGUGAGUGCAGACUUUUCACAAAGAAAAGGUCUGCAAACGUUAUUGUCACUGCUAUGUUUAAUAUGAGGAUUAGCAGAAAGUCUUGUUAAGGGUAGAAUGAACAGCAUAUAAAAGGUAUUUAUUAGUUCAAGGUAAAAGCUAAAAUGGACAAGCUAACAAGUUUCUUUUUAAGUUUCUAGCUCCAAUAUAAAUUGAUCAUUCACUGCUGCAUGUUUUUUGAGUUAGGGUAGUUUGAAAUUUGAAUUGGCUUUUCUGUUUAAUCAGUUUUAAACAAACCUGUCAUAUAAAAAAGAACAAUUAUUGACAGAAUCCCCAGGGUGCUGUAUUUAACUGCACCAUCUGUUGGUUUAUGGUAUAGAUAUUUAUUUUAUGACUUUUUCUUUUCUUAAAAAAAUGAUUGUAGCCUUCUAGUUCAGGACUAUAUGAACUAGAAAUUUCUUUGGAGGAAAUUGUAUACUUUGUAAAUGCUUUGAUUGUUUUCAAUUUACUCUCUUCAAAUACUGUCUAUGUAAAUGUAAUAUAUUUUGACACUCUUGUCAAAUAAAAUUACUAAG